AUGGAGAGUCGCUCCUGGUCAGAGGCUCAGUCAUACUGCAGGACAUACCACACAGACCUGACCAGUAUAAGACGCAAAGAGGAGAAAUCCAACAUCACGCUCACUUUGAAUGGAUCAGGGGUUCAGUAUGUGUGGAUUGGUCUCUACAGGGAUCCCUGGGCCCCCUGGUCUGACAACACAACCUCCACAUUCACUAACUGGGCGCCUUCUGAGCCUAAUAACAAAAAUUCAUUUGAGUACUGUGUAUCAAUGUAUUCAAUGCCAGGGAAAUGGUAUGAUGCUCGCUGUAACUACAAACUAAAUUUUUUCUGUUUCACAGCAGUGACAAAGCAAUCAGUGCUGAAAAUGAAGCUUCAGUCAGAGGCAGACAUGCACAGCACAGAGAUCCAGCAGCAGGUUUCACAGCAGCUGUCAGACCUCAUGCUGUCAGAAGGACUGACAGACUUCAGGAUUCGUUGGAGGAAAGUCCAGAGUUACCGUGACGACCAGAUAAAGAAGCAGGAUGUGGACGGUGACUGCAAAACUGAAGUGGACUGA